AUGGAUCUAGUCGAGCCUGAAAGGAACAGGCUCGAAGUCAUAACAUCGAGGAGCGAGACCCCGAAGCUGAACGAGCAAAUAGGAGUGAAAACAGAGACAGAGGACAUAACUGACAAAUUAAACAAGGAAUUAAUGAAAAGAAAAUCUGCAUUAAUCAAGGUAAAAAGCAUCAAACGCAACAAGAUAUGCCCAAAUCUUAAUAUGGCACGCAACAAAGUAAGCGGCAAAGAAAACAAGGAUAGCACAAACGUGCAGACAACCGACAACGCAAAUAACUCUCUGAUAGUAGCGCUACAUGAGAACAAUGCACUCAGAAUAGAAAUUGAAAAUCUAAAAAAAACAAUAGAAAGAUACCAAAGGGGCCAGGACUCAAUACCCCAGGUAACAGUACAAAACAGAUUUAUGGCAUUAGACACGGAAAUACCGUCACAAAUGGAAGCCGAAGAAACAGAACAACAAGACAAGGACUUCGUCACAAUACUAAGAAGAAAAAACAGCCAGGACAACAAUGGAAAUAAGAAGAAAGAGAAAGCAGAGAAUAACAAUACAAUCAAGGACCAGCACAUCGCAAACAAAGCAGAAAUAGACACCACGCAUUAUGAAAAAGACGAAAAUGAUAACAUCCUCAUAAACAAAUUAACAGAUAAGCUCAACAUCUUAGGGGCACAUUUUGCCGGCAUUAACAACAACAAAAUGGAAAACAACAGUCCCCAUCUCAACAAUAUAAUAAACAAGGAAACAAAAAACUUUUUUGAUAAAAUCCAAAAUGAAAGAUCCAAUGGCACGACAAUAUAUAUAAACACUACAAUACACGCAAUAAACAGAUUAACAUCAGACAUAAACUGGGCACUAAAUGGAAAAAAAUGCUUAGGUGCAUGCCUAAUCGAUCUGGAAAAAGCAUUUGACACCGUAUGGCUAGAAGGACUACUCUUCAAAUUAAUCAAAAAAGGAUUUCCUGAUCAUAUAAUCAAACUAAUAUGGAGCAUGAUCUCCAGCAGAUCAAUAAUCACAGAAAACGGAGGCACCUACUCUGAUAUAGUUUUUAAAAUCAAUAACGGAUUACAACAAGGAAUAGUUAAUUCACCAAUACUCUUUAACAUUUACACAGCCGAAGUACUUAAACUAUUUAAUUUAAACACACCGAAAAAUCCUCAAGCAAUAGCAUUUGCUGACGAUUUAAUAGUAUAUGUGGCGGACAGCUGGCCCUCAAAAAUACAGGAGCUUACAAAACGUAGUACAUAA